GCGCGCGGUGCCUGCUGGGAUAGAUCCGGGUUUCCCGCCCACCGCUUCCGGACCCCGCCGCUGUCUCCGCUCCAGCCUCCGUCCCCGCCGGUGUUUCUCUCCCAGGCCGCGGCCCCCACUCUCUGCCCGCCGACAUGGCGAUGCAAGCAGCCAAACGAGCCAAUAUCCGGCUCCCGCCGGAGGUCAACCGGAUCCUGUACAUCAGGAACCUGCCGUACAAAAUCACGGCCGAGGAGAUGUACGACAUUUUUGGGAAGUACGGGCCCAUCCGGCAGAUCAGAGUUGGAAAUACCCCUGAGACCAGAGGAACAGCCUACGUGGUCUAUGAGGACAUCUUCGAUGCCAAGAACGCCUGUGACCACCUGUCGGGGUUCAACGUGUGUAACAGAUACCUCGUGGUUCUGUACUACAACGCAAACAGGGCAUUCCAAAAGAUGGACACAAAGAAGAAAGAAGAACAGCUUAAACUUCUCAAGGAAAAAUAUGGAAUUAACACAGACCCACCAAAAUAAAUUGAUCGUUUUUGGAAAACUGUUUUCAGGCCCUGCUGGCCAGUUCUUGGCCUAAACAGGAACUCUUAACAAAGUGUAAUUUUUUCUCUUAUAAAUUCAAUAAGCUGCAAUAUGGGUCUUUAUAUCUUCAGAUUAGUAUUAAAUAAAUGUAGAACACAGGGAGAUCUGCUUUAAGAUUAAAUCCCCCAAGGUGACAUGGCUUCUCUGUGCUGAGGGCGACCUGGUAAAGGCUGCAUUUACCUGUUUCUAGCGGGAGCUUUCAAGAAAGGACUGCGUGGGUUCUCUGUUUGACUGAACAAAGCAAGCCCAACUCCAUGUUUGUUACAAAGUUUCUUUCACAAACUGUAGAAAAUAAACGGCUUUUAGAAGGAUCCAGCUGAUGAGGAGACUCCAGUCCAAGUACCUUGUUCCCAGUGGUGGUGCCAGCUCUGAUGAGCUGCAGUGAAACAACCCAGCUCUCACACUACAAAAAAGAAAAGUGUAUGGGGGCUUUGUUGUGUGUCCCAGGUUUGGACUGAGGAUUUGCUGUAAAGCACACAUGACCAAAAUGAGACAGUAGAUGAAGGUUUUCAUUUUGAUACCUGCAGUCUGAUUGUUUUCUACUUGGCAUAGUUGAACUGUAACACAUUUUCUGUACAUUUUUAGGUGCAGCAUCUGAUGGAGGAAAAACAAAUUUAGAUUUUUUUGGCAGUUUUUUCAGUACUCAUGUCCUGUAUAUAAAAAUGAGUGUGAUCCAGAGUGUAUAUAACCUGUAUCUUUUGGAAGUGGGAAAGAAUAAGCUCUGACUGUGUUCUGAACCAGCUGGAAGUUGUGUGAAUGUGGGUAGUAUCCUGCCUUGGGAGGAUUUAUUUGCAUGGUUGUGAUGUUCUACUCUGUGACCAGACAACUUCCAGCCAGUGCAGAGCCAGGGCAGGUAACAAUAUACUUUGCCUGGGAUUUGUAAUUCAGCUUUGUUUUUCAGUGCAUUGUACUGUCAUAGAGGAUGCUUCCAUUUUCUGAAGUUACUUUUUUGUUGGAAUCUGUCACUUCAGCAACAACAGUGUGUCCAUUUGACAAAAAAAUAAAUGUCUGCAUAUUUUGCUUUUUUUCAUCAA